AAAACUAUGCCCUGCUGUGGCCCCGUGGCCGGAGAUGCUGCGACCGGUCUUGCUUUGGCGGCUAACGCGGCUCCGGGGCCCGGCGGUCUCCGCAGGGAACGGUGGUCGCAGGGAGGUAGCUUCCGGUGUUCCUCCUUCGGGCAGCACCUCGCCCAGAGCCCUAAACAUCUUCGACAGGGAAUUGAAGAGGAAGCAGAAAAACUGGGCAGCUCGACAGCCUGAGCCCAUGAAAUUUGACUACCUGAAGGAGGAGGUUGGCAGUCGGAUUGCAGACCGUGUGUAUGACAUAGCCAGAGAUUUUCCCCUUGCACUGGAUGUGGGAUGUGGAAGAGGCUACAUAGCACAACAUUUAAAUAAGGAGAUUGUGGGAAAGAUUUUCCAAACAGACAUUGCAGAACAUGCUUUGAAAAAUUCCUCAGAAACAGAUAUACCUACUGUGAAUAUUUUAGCUGAUGAAGAAUUCCUUCCCUUUCAAGAAAACACAUUUGACCUGGUGGUUAGCAGCUUAAGUUUGCACUGGGUGAAUGACCUUCCUAGAGCACUUGAACAGAUUCAUUAUGUCUUAAAACCAGAUGGGGUGUUUGUUGGCGCGAUGUUUGGUGGUGACACGCUCUAUGAACUUCGGUGUUCAUUACAGUUAGCAGAAACAGAACGAGAAGGAGGGUUUUCCCCACACAUUUCUCCCUUCACUGCUGUCAAUGACCUAGGACAUCUGCUUGGGAGAGCUGGUUUCAAUACCCUGACUGUGGAUACUGAUGAAAUUCAAGUUAACUAUCCUGGAAUGUUUGAAUUGAUGGAAGACUUAAAAGGUAUGGGUGAGAGCAACUGUUCUUGGAACAGAAAAGCCCUGCUGCACCGAGACACAAUGCUGGCAGCUGCAGCGGUUUACAGAGAAAUGUACAGAAAUGAGGAUGGCUCCAUACCUGCCACUUACCAAAUCUACCACAUGAUAGGAUGGAAAUACCAUGACUCUCAGGCAAGGCCAGCUGAAAGAGGCUCUGCAACUGUGUCAUUUGGAGAACUAGCAAAACUAAAUGAUGUCAUGUCACAGGGAAAAAAAGAAUAAAUAAUUUAUUCAAUUAUAAUGAAUUUUAGAAUUUUCAUCAGAAAUGAAUAACGUUCACAUCUAAAUUAUUGCAAUUUGAAGCAAGAAGCAAUGUAUUAAGCUAUUUCCUAGCAACCUAAUACUGAUCAGUACUUAGUAACUAUUCCAGGUUCUCAUUGUUUCUAUUUAUAUGAGGAUGUUGUUACCUAGUGUUUUAGGCAUCUUUGCAGAUUCAGCCUGAAAGCAAAGGAAAUGUUUUCCUGUGGCGGAGGGGAGGGAGUGGCUUGAGGUAAAACUAGAAAUAUGUGCAUUUGAUAGGAAAACAUUACUCACACUAGCAUUCUGUACCUUUCUGCCUUCUUGUCUUUUGUUAUCUCUGUGGGCGGAUCACAGCUCUGGAGGUGAGAGGAGGGGAAUGCUAGAUUUCUGUGCUGUUCAGUGGAAGCACUUUUCAUAGUGACUGCCGUAGACACUGAGGCCAAAAUUAUUUCUUACACUUCUUUUUGUUUAUUUGAUUUUGGAGACUGGUCUUACUGUGUAACCUUAUCUGGGCUGUUACUCACUAUGUAGACUAGGCUGGACUCAAACUGCCUUUAGUGUUCAGAUUACAGGCAUGCUGUACCACAUGUAGGUGUUUGUCACACGUUUGUCUUGUCUAGAUGGCCAGAGGAUUCAGAACAUUCUACAAAACUACUAUAUGAUUAUGGAUUUUGAAAGAACAUCUCUUUACGAGAUCCACCUCCUUUCCCUGAGUGUGUUAUUUUUGUUGCUGUUAGUUUUGAUGUUGUUUUUAAGGUUUUAAAGUUUUAUGUGUAUGUGUAUUUUGCCUACAUGUUUGUACCAUGUGUAUGCUUGGUAUCUUCAGAGACCAGAAG